AUGCUGCUCGUCUACAACUCCGUGCGCAUCUGCGUCCCCGGCUCCGAGUCGUACGACUGGAUCAUGGACAUCGUGCAGUUCUUCGAGUCCUACAUCAUGUCGAUUCUGCUGUUCGCCGCCGCCACAUCAGGAGCAGCUGCAUGCAACACCUGGUGGAACACCGGCGCUUUGAACAAUAUGGUGCUUGGCGAUUACAGCAGCGGCACCUACAAGGCCAUGCUCGCCUCAUUGGGCUUGGACCCGACACUCCCUGCAACGAUGGAUUAUGGAGCUUAUCUCAAUAAAUACAUUGACGAUGCUAAUACGGAUCUGAGCAAAAUCCGUGGUGCAUGCGCGAUGGCUUUUUUCGCUGCUUUCACCUAUAUCGUCAUGUUCUGGUACUACACCACCCGCAUGUACAAGCGCGGUGUGCUCAAGGCCAUUGCAGAUGCAGCGCCGGCAGGAGUCAAGGACAACGUUCCUCCUUACAAUGUGUGA